AUGGAUAUCCAACUGAUACAGAGAUUUAAAGUCCUAGUAUUAGGAUUUAAUUUUCCUCUGGUCGAUGAUCAGCAACUGUGUGCUCCCGGUGAAUUUCUUUGCCACGAUCGCGUGACUUGUGUCUCCCAGAGCUGGCUGUGUGAUGGCGACCCCGACUGCCCUGAUGAUUCAGAUGAGUCUUUAGAGAUGUGUCCAGAGGAAGCAGAAUUCCAGUGUCCCUUGAAUCACAUCGCUUGCCUCGGUACCGGCCAGUGUGUGCAUUUGUCCCAGCUGUGCGAUGGCCUCUCAGACUGCUCCGAUGGGUAUGACGAGGGCGUGCACUGCCGCGAAAAAAAGAUUGCUGAUGUGCAGCUAAAGCGGAGUUUAGAAGAGAUUGGAGAGGAGAAACGAAAUGCCAGCAGAAUCAAUGUGCAGCAAAUGGCAAUUGACUGGCUAACAAGAAAUUUCUACUUUGUGGAUCAUAUCAGUGACCGGAUCUUUGUUUGUAAUUACAAUGGGUCUGUAUGUGUCACUCUGAUUGAGCUGGAGCUUCAUAAUCCCAAGGCGAUAGCAGUGGAUCCAAUAGCAGGGAAACUUUUCUUCACCGACUACGGGCAUGUGGCCAAAGUAGAGCGUUGUGACAUGGACGGGAUGAACCGAACGAGGAUAAUUGAGUCCAAGACAGAGCAACCGGUCGCACUGGCCCUGGACCUUAUCAGCAAAUUGGUUUACUGGGUAGAUCUUUACCUGGACUCUGUGGAGGUGGUGGACUACCAUGGAAAGAACAGACACGUUAUCAUCCAAGGCAGACACGUCAGACAUAUGUAUGGUAUAACUGUGUUUGAAAACUAUUUAUAUGCAACAAAUGCUGAUAAUUAUAAUAUCAUAAGGAUAAACCGAUUUAAUAGCACUGAUAUUCAUUCAUUAAUUAUGAUGGAAAAUGCACGAGGAAUACGAAUAUAUCAAAAAAGAACUCAACCAACAGUCAGAAGCCAGGCAUGUGAAGUGGAUCCAUACGGCAUGCCAGGGGGAUGUUCGCACAUCUGUCUCCUGAGCAGCAGUUACAAAACACGGACCUGUCGCUGCAGGACAGGCUUCAACUUGGGAAGUGAUGGCAGAUCAUGCAAAAGACCAAAGAAUGAGUUGUUCCUCUUUUACGGGAAAGGCCGCCCAGGAAUUGUUAGAGGAAUGGACUUGAAUGCCAAGAUAGCGGAUGAAUACAUGAUCCCUAUAGAAAAUCUGGUCAACCCUCGUGCUUUAGAUUUUCACGCGGAAACCAAUUAUGUCUACUUUGCGGAUACGACGAGCUUUCUCAUUGGCCGGCAGAAGAUCGAUGGCACAGACAGAGAAACCAUCCUGAAAGAUGAUCUGGAUAAUGUGGAAGGCAUUGCUGUGGACUGGAUAGGAAAUAACCUGUACUGGACAAAUGAUGGCCAUCGGAAAACCAUCAGUGUGGCCAGGUUGGAAAAGGCUGCUCAGAGUCGGAAGACGCUCAUAGAAGGAGCAAUGUCUCAUCCCAGAGGGAUUGUAGUAGAUCCAGUCAAUGGUUGGAUGUAUUGGACAGACUGGGAAGAAGACGAAAUCGAUGACAGCGUGGGAAGGAUUGAGAAGGCCUGGAUGGAUGGCUUCAGUCGGCAGAUUUUUGUGACUUCGAAGAUGCUGUGGCCAAAUGGUUUAACUCUGGACUUUCACACCAACACAUUAUACUGGUGUGAUGCCUAUUACGAUCAUAUCGAGAGAGUUUUCUUGAAUGGCACUCAUAGGCAGGUUGUUUACAGUGGGAAAGAGUUGAACCACCCAUUUGGACUGUCACAUCAUGGGAAUUAUGUGUUCUGGACUGAUUAUAUGAAUGGUUCAAUUUUUCAAUUAGAUUUGGUAACAAGUGAGGUCACACUACUGAGACGUGAAAGACCUCCCCUGUUUGGGCUUCAGAUUUACGAUCCACGAAAGCAACAAGUUAACCCUGGAGAAGUAGUGCCCCACAUAUGUAAGAAUGGGGAAUUUCGCUGCAGAAACGGCCACUGCAUCCAGGCGCGCUGGAAGUGCGAUGGCGACGACGACUGCCUGGAUGGGAGUGACGAGGACGCGGCAAGCUGCUUCAAUCAUAGUUGCCCUGAUGAUCAAUUUAAAUGCCAGAAUCACCGCUGCAUCCCCAAGAGAUGGCUUUGUGAUGGAGCUAAUGAUUGUGGCAAUAAUGAAGAUGAAUCCCAUCAAACGUGCUCAGCCAGAACAUGUCAGGUGGAUCAGUUUUCUUGUGGAAACGGACGCUGCAUUCCCAGAGCGUGGCUGUGUGACAGAGAGGAUGACUGCGGGGACCAGACGGAUGAGGUGGCAUCUUGUGAAUUCCCAACGUGUGAGCCACUAACUCAAUUUAUAUGCACAAGUGGAAGAUGCAUUAGCAGCAAAUGGCACUGCGACUCUGACGAUGACUGUGGAGAUGGAAGCGAUGAAGUGGGCUGUGUUCACUCCUGCCUUGAUAAUCAGUUCAGAUGCUCUAGCGGCAGGUGUAUCCCAGGCCACUGGUCCUGUGAUGGUGAUAAUGACUGUGGAGACUUCAGUGAUGAAACACAAGUCAAUUGUACCAAAGAAGAGGUCCAUUCUCCUGCUGCUUGUCACGACACGGAAUUCCAGUGCCAUCCCGAAGGAAACUGCAUUCCUGACGUGUGGCGCUGCGAUGGGGAGAAAGACUGCGAGGAUGGCAGUGAUGAAAAGGGCUGCAAUGGGACCCUACGAGUAUGCGAUCGCAAAACCAAGUUUUCCUGUCGGAGCACAGGGAGAUGCAUCAACAAAGCAUGGGUAUGUGAUGGAGAUAUUGAUUGUGAAGAUCAAUCAGAUGAAGAUGAUUGUGAGAGCUUCUUGUGUGGACCACCCAAGUACCCCUGUGCUAAUGACACUUCAGUGUGCCUGCCGCCAGAGGGACUCUGCAAUGGGAGAAGGGAUUGUCCGGAUGGGUCUGAUGAAGGCGAUCUGUGUGAUGAAUGUUCCCUGAGCAACGGAGGCUGCAGCAACCACUGCUCGGUUGUUCCUGGAAAGGGCAUCGUCUGUUCCUGCCCUGAAGGCUUUCAGCUGAAGGGAGAUAAUAAAACAUGUGAAAUCGUAGAUCACUGCAGCAGUCAUCGCAAGUGUAGUCAAGGGUGUGAGCAGCACAAGCACACAGUCAAGUGCUCCUGUUACGAGGGGUGGAAGCUGGAUGUGGAUGGCGAAAGCUGCACCAAUGUUGGUGUCAGUGCAAUUGAAGUGGUUGUGGAGCAUGGACUGGCUACCCCAGAAGGUCUGACAGUGGAUUGGAUUGCAGACAACGUAUAUUGGAUAGACAGCAACCUGGAUCAAAUUGAAGUGGCCAAAUUAGAUGGUUCUCUAAGAACGACAUUAAUAGCUGGAGCCAUGGAACACCCCAGAGCCAUUGCUUUGGACCCAAGAUUUGGGAUUCUUUUCUGGACAGACUGGGAUGCAAAUUUCCCUCGCAUUGAGUCUGCCUCUAUGAGUGGUGCGGGCAGAAGAACCAUCUACAAAGACAUGAAAACCGGGGCUUGGCCUAACGGACUAACCGUGGACCACUUUGAACGAAGGAUCGUUUGGACAGAUGCCAGGUCGGAUGCAAUUUACUCUGCCCUCUAUGAUGGGACAGGAAUGAUAGAAAUCAUCCGAGGUCAUGAAUACCUUUCCCAUCCCUUUGCUGUGUCUCUGUUUGGGAGCGAAGUCUAUUGGACAGAUUGGAGAACUAACACAUUGUCCAAAGCCAAUAAGUGGACGGGGCAGAAUGUCAGUGUGAUUCAGAAAACCAGUGCACAGCCAUUCGACCUUCAGAUUUAUCACCCCAGCCGUCAGCCUCAGGCUCCCAACCCGUGUGCAGCUAAUGAAGGCAAAGGCCCCUGCUCUCACCUGUGUCUGAUCAAUCACAACAGCAGCGCUGCUUGUGCAUGCCCCCACCUGAUGAAGCUUUCCUCAGACCAGAAGACCUGCUACGAAAUGAAAAAAUUCCUUCUUUAUGCAAGGCGUUCUGAAAUCAGAGGAGUGGAUAUUGACAAUCCAUAUUUCAACUUUAUCACGGCCUUUACAGUCCCUGAUAUUGAUGAUGUUACAGUGAUUGAUUUUGAUGCAUCGGAAGAACGUUUAUACUGGACGGAUAUUAAAACACAAACCAUCAAGCGGGCCUUUAUUAACGGAACUGGCUUGGAAACGGUUAUUUCAAGAGAUAUUCAGAGUAUCCGAGGGCUUGCAGUGGAUUGGUUAUCCCGUAAUUUAUACUGGAUUAGCUCAGAAUUUGAUGAAACUCAAAUUAAUGUGGCCCGGUUAGAUGGCUCUUUGAAAACUUCAAUUAUCCAUGGGAUCGAUAAGCCACAGUGUCUUGCGGCUCACCCAGUCAGGGGGAAACUGUACUGGACAGAUGGAAACACAAUUAAUAUGGCAAACAUGGAUGGCAGUAAUAGCAAGAUUCUCUUUCAAAAUCAGAAGGAACCAGUUGGUCUAUCGAUAGACUAUACGGAAAACAAGCUUUAUUGGAUCAGCUCAGGAAAUGGAACCAUAAAUAGGUGCAGCCUGGAUGGUGGCAAUUUGGAAGUAAUCGAGUCAAUGAAAGAAGAAUUAACAAAGGCCACAGCCCUCACUAUCAUGGAUAAGAAAUUGUGGUGGGCAGACCAAAACCUAGCUCAGCUGGGGACCUGCAACAAAAGAGAUGGAAGAAAUCCCACCGUCCUGCGAAAUAAGACUUCUGGGGUUGUUCAUAUGAAAGUGUAUGAUCAAGAAACACAGCAAGGUAGCAAUUAUUGCCAACUACAUAAUGGUGGAUGCUCUCAGCUUUGUUUACCAACAUCUGAAACUACAAGGACUUGCAUGUGUACAGUGGGAUAUUAUCUUCAAAAGAACCGCAUGUCAUGUCAAGGUAUAGAGUCCUUUCUUAUGUACUCGGUGCAUGAAGGAAUCAGGGGAAUACGUCUGGAGCCAAGUGAUAAGAUGGAUGCUUUGAUGCCCAUAUCCGGAGCUUCAUUUGCUGUGGGAAUAGAUUUCCAUGCAGAAAAUGAUACGAUCUACUGGACAGACAUGGGCUUCAAUAAAAUUAGCCGAGCUAAGCGGGACCAGACGUGGAAAGAGGAUAUCAUUACCAAUGGCUUGGGAAGAGUGGAAGAGAUAGCUGUUGACUGGAUUUCUGGUAACAUAUAUUGGACAGAUCAUGGCUUCAACUUAAUUGAAGUUGCAAGACUUAAUGGCUCUUUCCGUUAUGUAAUUAUUUCCCAAGGCCUGGAUCAACCAAGAUCUAUAGCAGUGCACCCAGAGAAAGGCUUCUUGUUCUGGACUGAAUGGGGACAGAUGCCCAACAUUGGGAAGGCUCGCUUAGAUGGCUCAGAGAAGGUUGUCCUUGUAAGCAUGGGAAUAGCGUGGCCGAAUGGUAUCUCCAUUGAUUAUGAGGAAAAUAAAUUGUACUGGUGUGAUGCUCGCACAGACAAGAUAGAAAGAAUUGACCUUGAAACUGGAAGCAAUCGAGAGAUGGUGCUGGCAGGGAGCAAUGUGGAUAUGUUUUCCGUUGCAGUCUUUGGGGCUUAUAUCUACUGGUCUGACAGAGCUCAUGCCAAUGGGUCCAUCAGAAGGGGACACAAGAAUGAUGGCACAGAAACAGUGACCAUGAGAACCGGCCUUGGAGUCAACCUGAAGGAAGUUAAAAUCUUUAACCGAGUAAGAGAAAAAGGAACAAAUGUUUGUGCCAAGAACAAUGGUGGCUGUCAGCAACUCUGUCUUUAUCGAGGAAAUUCCCAAAGAACAUGUGCUUGUGCCCAUGGAUAUCUGGCAGAGGAUGGAGUGACUUGCCCAAGGCACGAAGGUUAUUUGCUGUAUUCAGGGAGAACAAUAUUAAAAAGUAUACAUCUUUCUGAUGAGAACAAUUUAAAUUCACCAAUAAGGCCAUAUGAGAAUACACAUUAUUUCAAGAAUGUGAUAGCCUUGGCUUUUGAGUAUAAUCAAAGAAGAAAAGGUACCAACCGAAUCUUUUACAGUGAUGCACACUUUGGAAAUAUACAGCUUAUAAAUGAUAACUGGGAAGACAGACAAGUGAUUGUUGAAAAUGUGGGUUCUGUCGAAGGACUUGCUUAUCACAGAGCUUGGGACACACUGUACUGGACCAGCUCCACUACUUCAUCCAUCACCAGACACACAGUGGAUCAGACUCGACCAGGAGCUUUUGAUAGAGAAGCAGUCAUCACCAUGUCAGAUGACGACCACCCGCAUGUGCUAGCCUUGGAUGAAUGUCAAAAUUUAAUGUUUUGGACCAACUGGAACGAACAUCAUCCAAGCAUCAUGAGGUCUACCCUUACUGGGUCAAAUGCUCACGUGGUAAUUAGUACAGACAUGCUCACUCCCAACGGACUCACGAUCGACCACCGUGCCGAAAAGCUCUAUUUCUCAGAUGGCAGCCUUGGAAAAAUCGAGAGAUGUGAAUAUGAUGGAUCCCAGAGAUAUGUGAUAAUCAAAUCUGGGCCAGGGACUUUUCUCAGUCUGGCUGUUUAUGACAAUUAUAUCUUCUGGUCAGACUGGGGAAGAAGAGCUAUUCUGCGUUCCAACAAGUACACAGGAGGGGACACUAAAAUUCUCCGUUCUGACAUUCCACAUCAACCUAUGGGAAUCAUAGCUGUUGCCAAUGACACCAACAGCUGUGAACUUUCUCCAUGUGCAUUAUUGAAUGGAGGUUGCCAUGACCUGUGUCUUUUGACUCCCGAUGGGAGAGUAAACUGCUCAUGCCGGGGCGACCGGAUGCUGCUCGAUGACAACAGAUGUGUGACUAAAAAUUCUCCCUGCAACAUUUAUUCAGAGUUUGAGUGUGGAAAUGGUGAGUGCAUUGACUAUGAGCUCACCUGUGAUGGACGUCCUCAUUGUAAGGAUAAAUCUGAUGAAAAACUGCUCUAUUGUGAAAACAGAAGCUGUCGAAAAGGUUUCAAACCCUGCUACAACCGUCGAUGCAUUCUUCACAGCAAGUUAUGCGACGGGGAAAACGACUGUGGAGACAAUUCUGAUGAGUCCGACUGCAAAGUGACGACCUGUGCUGCUGUGGAGUUCCGCUGUGCAGACGGAACUUGCAUCCCGAGAUCAGCACGGUGCAACCAGAACGUAGACUGUGCAGAUGCUUCAGAUGAAAAGAGCUGCAAUAAUACAGACUGUGCACAUUUCUAUAAACUUGGAGUGAAAACCACAGGUUUCAUAAGAUGUAAUUCAACUUCUCUGUGUGUCCUGCCCACGUGGAUAUGUGAUGGGUCUAAUGACUGUGGAGACUAUUCAGAUGAAAUAAAAUGCCCAGUUCAAAACAAACACAAAUGUGAAGAAAAUUAUUUUGGUUGUCCUAGUGGAAGAUGCAUUUUGAACACCUGGAUAUGUGAUGGUCAGAAAGAUUGUGAGGAUGGACUUGAUGAAUUCCACUGUGAUUCUUCUUGCUCUUGGAAUCAGUUUCCUUGUUCUGCACAAAAAUGCAUUUCUAAACACUGGAUUUGUGAUGGGGAAGAUGACUGUGGAGACGGGUUAGAUGAGAGUGAUAGCAUUUGUGGUGCCAUCACCUGUGCCGCCGACAUGUUCAGCUGCCAGGGCUCUCGUGCCUGUGUGCCCAGACACUGGCUUUGUGACGGUGACCGGGAUUGUCCAGACGGAAGUGAUGAGCUCUCCACAGCUGGCUGUGCUCCCAAUAAUACAUGUGAUGAAAAUACUUUCAUGUGCCACAAUAAGGUCUGUGUCCCGAAGCCAUUUGUUUGUGAUCAUGACGAUGACUGUGGGGAUGGCUCUGAUGAGCCCCAGCAGUGUGGAUACCGACAGUGUGGGGCAGAAGAAUUUCGCUGUGCCGAUGGGCGGUGUCUUUUGAACGCUCAGUGGCAGUGUGAUGGAGACUUUGACUGCCCUGACCGUUCUGAUGAAGCGCCUUUAAACCCCACGUGCAAAGGUGCAGAACAGUCAUGCAACAGUUCAUUUUUUAUGUGCAAAAAUGGCAGGUGUGUCCCCCGUGGCCGUCUUUGUGACCAUGAGGAUGACUGUGGUGAUGGCUCCGAUGAGUGGAACUGCCACAUCGAUGAGUGUCUCAGUCGGAAAGUCAGUGGAUGUUCUCAAGAUUGCCAAGACCUUCCCGUCGGUUACAAGUGUAAGUGCUGGCCUGGAUUUCAACUGAAAGAUGAUGGUAAAACAUGUGUAGACAUUGAUGAAUGUUCUUCAGGCUUUCCUUGUAGCCAGCAAUGCAUCAAUACAUUUGGAACAUACAAGUGCCUUUGUACAGAUGGGUAUGAAAUACAACUUGAUAACCCAAAUGGCUGCAAAUCACUCUCAGACGAAGAGCCUUUCCUCAUUCUUGCGGACCAUCAUGAGAUACGGAAAAUCAGCACCGACGGCUCCAACUACACACUUUUAAAACAGGGAUUAAACAAUGUUAUUGCUAUAGACUUUGAUUACAGAGAAGAAUUCAUCUACUGGAUUGAUUCUAGCCGGCCCAAUGGCAGCCGCAUAAAUAGAAUGUGUUUAAAUGGAAGUGACAUGAAGGUAAUACACAACACAGCUGUUCCAAAUGCUCUUGCUGUUGAUUGGAUUGGAAAAAACCUCUAUUGGUCUGACACAGAAAAAAGAAUCAUCGAAGUAUCCAAGCUCAAUGGCUUAUAUCCUACUAUUCUUGUUAGCAAAAGGCUGAAGUUUCCAAGGGACCUGACUUUAGAUCCUCUAGCGGGGUAUUUAUAUUGGAUUGAUUGUUGUGAGUAUCCUCACAUUGGCCGUGUUGGAAUGGAUGGAACCAAUCAAAGUGUUGUCAUAGAAACUAAGAUUUCUAGACCGAUGGCACUUACCAUAGAUUAUGUCAACCAGAGACUCUACUGGGCUGAUGAAAAUCACAUUGAAUUCAGUAACAUGGAUGGUUCUCACAGACACAAAGUCCCUAAUCAAGAUAUUCCAGGGGUGAUUGCCCUAACAUUGUUUGAAGACUACAUCUACUGGACUGAUGGGAAAACCAAGUCACUCAGCCGCGCCCAUAAAACCUCAGGAGCAGACAGACUCUCACUGAUUAACUCAUGGCAUGCCAUCACAGAUAUCCAGGUGUAUCAUUCUUAUAGACAACCUGAUGUCUCCAAACAUCUCUGCAUGAUAAACAAUGGCGGUUGCAGUCAUCUGUGCCUGUUAGCCCCUGGAAAGAAGCACACCUGUGCGUGCCCUACCAACUUUUAUCUGGCAGCUGAUAACAGGACGUGCUUAUCCAACUGCACUGCGAGUCAGUUUCGUUGCAAAACGGAUAAAUGUAUUCCAUUCUGGUGGAAAUGUGACACGGUGGAUGACUGUGGCGAUGGCUCUGACGAACCUGCUGACUGCCCUGAAUUUAAAUGUCAGCCAGGCCGAUUCCAGUGUGGAACCGGCCUCUGUGCGCUGCCCGCUUUCCUCUGCGACGGCGAGAAUGACUGUGGAGACAAUUCUGACGAACUCAACUGUGACACACAUGUCUGCUUGUCAGGUCAGUUCAAGUGCACCAAGAACCAGAAGUGCAUCCCCGUGAACCUUCGCUGCAACGGACAAGAUGACUGCGGGGAUGAGGAAGACGAAAGGGACUGCCCCGAAAACAGUUGUUCUCCUGACUACUUCCAAUGCAAAACAACCAAGCAUUGCAUCUCCAAGCUGUGGGUUUGUGAUGAGGAUCCCGACUGUGCAGAUGCAUCCGACGAGGCCAACUGUGAUAAAAAGACGUGUGGGCCUCACGAGUUCCAGUGCAGAAACAACAAUUGCAUUCCAGAUCACUGGCGCUGCGAUGGUCAAAAUGACUGCAGUGACAAUUCAGAUGAAGAGAAUUGUAAGCCACAAACCUGUACACUGAAAGAUUUUCUCUGUGCCAAUGGGGACUGUGUUUCUUCAAGGUUUUGGUGUGAUGGAGAUUUUGACUGUGCAGAUGGCUCUGAUGAGAGAAAUUGUGAAACAAGUUGUUCUAAAGAUCAGUUUCAGUGCUCCAAUGGUCAGUGUAUACCCAUAAAAUGGAAAUGUGAUGGUCAUGAAGACUGUAAAUAUGGCGAUGAUGAGAAAAACUGUGAUCCAGCUUCACCUACUUGCUCAUCAAGUGAAUAUGUCUGUACCAGCGGAGGAUGCAUCUCAGCGUCUCUGAGAUGUAAUGGAGAAUACGAUUGUGCUGAUGGUUCAGAUGAGCUGGACUGCGUGACGGAAUGUAAGGAGGAUGAGUUCCAGUGUAGAAAUAAGGCGCACUGUACCCCAGUGAGAUGGCUAUGUGACGGAGUUCACGACUGCGUGGAUGGCAGUGAUGAAGCGAACUGCGACAGAGGAGGAAAUAUAUGUAGAGCAGAUGAGUUUCCCUGCAAUAACUCCCUCUGCAAACUACAAGCCUGGGUGUGUGAUGGAGAAGACGACUGUGGAGACAACUCUGAUGAAGCUCCUGAUAUGUGUGUCAAAUUUCUCUGCCCAGCCACAAGACCUCACAGAUGCAAAAAUAACAGAGUAUGUUUGCAGCCUGAGCAAAUGUGCAAUGGGAUUAAUGACUGUGGGGACAAUUCAGAUGAAGAUCAAUGUGGUGAUAAGCUUAAAUAUAAGGCAAUACCUUGUAAAAAAGAUGAAUUUGCUUGUGGCAAUAGAAAAUGUAUCCCCAUGAACCUCCAGUGUGAUCAAAUUGAUGAUUGUGGAGAUGGUUCUGAUGAGCAAAACUGCAGAAUAAAUCCCAGUGGCUAUACCUGUGAGGAGAAUGUGAAUCCAUGUGGAGAUGAUGCCUAUUGUGAUCAAAUAAAAACAUCUGUUUUCUGUCGCUGUAAGCCUGGAUUCCAGAGAAACAUGAAAAACAGACAGUGUGAAGACCUUAAUGAAUGUUUGGUGUUUGGCACAUGUUCACACCAAUGUAUUAAUAUGGAAGGAUCAUACAAAUGUACAUGUGACCCGAAUUUUGAAGAGAGAAAUAACACCUGCAUAUCAAAAGGCUCUGAAGAUCAAGUUCUCUACAUUGCUAAUGACACUGAUAUCCUGGGUUUUAUAUAUCCAUUCAACUACAGUGGUGAUCAUCAACAAAUUUCUCAUAUUGAACAUAACUCAAGGAUAACAGGGAUGGAUGUAUAUUAUCAAAGCGAUAUGAUUAUAUGGAGUACUCAGUUUAAUCCAGGUGGAGUUUUCUACAAGCGGGUCCACGGCAGAGAUAAAAAGCAAGCAAACAGUGGCUUGAUUUGCCCUGAAUUUAAAAGACCCAGGGACAUUGCAGUUGACUGGGUUGCUGGAAAUAUUUACUGGACCGAUCAUUCUAGAAUGCACUGGUUCAGUUACUACACAACUCACUGGACGAGUCUGAGAUACUCCGUCAAUGUCGGACAGCUGAAUGGCCCCAACUGUACCCGGCUUUUAACAAACAUGGCUGGAGAACCCUAUGCCAUUGCUGUAAAUCCUAAAAGAGCGAUGAUGUACUGGACUGUCGUUGGAGAUCACUCCCACAUAGAAGAAGCAGCUAUGGAUGGGACUCUGAGAAGAAUUUUAGUACAAAAGAAUUUACAGAGACCCACAGGUCUGACAGUGGAUCAGUUUAGUGAUCGCAUCUACUGGGCUGAUUUUGAGCUUUCUCUCAUUGGCAGUGUGCUGUACGAUGGCUCUGAUUCAGUUGUCUCUGUCAGCAGCAAGCAAGGCUUAUUCCAUCCACAUAGAAUUGAUGUCUUUGAAGAUUAUAUCUAUGGAGCAGGCCCUAAAAAUGGUGUAUUUCGAGUACAGAAAUUUGGUCGUGGUUCAGUAGAAUACCUUGCUUUAGAUGUUGAUAAAACAAAAGGGGCUUUGAUAUCUCAUCGCUAUAAACAAGUAAACUUACCUAAUCCAUGUUUGGAUUUAGCAUGUGAAUUCCUCUGUUUGCUGAAUCCUUCUGGGGCCAGCUGUGUGUGCCCUGAAGGAAAAUAUUUGAUUAAUGGGACCUGUACUGAUGACAGUGAGCUAGAUGAUUCAUGCAAAUUAACUUGUGAAAACGGUGGCCGAUGCCUGUUCAAUGAGAAGAGUGACCCGCGGUGCUAUUGCUGGCCUAGCUACUCUGGAGAAAGAUGUGAAGUCAAUCACUGUACCAACUACUGUCACAAUGGAGGCACGUGUGUGCCAUCUGCUUUGGGGAGACCCACUUGCAGAUGUGCCCUGGGAUUCACUGGACACAAUUGUGGUAAAACAGUUUGUGAGGAUGUCUGUCAAAACGGAGGAACGUGUGGUGUGACUGCUGGGAACCAGGCUCACUGUCUCUGCCCACCGGAAUACACCGGAGACCGGUGCCAAUUUUAUGUGUGUCACCACUAUUGUGUGAAUUCUGAAUCCUGUACCGUUGAGGAUGACGGAGGUGUGGAAUGUGUCUGUCCAACCCGCUAUGAAGGACCAAAAUGUGAAGUUGAUAAAUGUACAAGAUGUCAUGGGGGACAUUGCAUUAUAAAUAAAGAUAGUGAAGAUAUAGUUUGCAACUGCACCAAUGGGAAAAUCGCUUCGAGCUGUCAGUUGUGUGAUGGUUACUGUUACAAUGGGGGCACGUGUCAGCUGGACCCGGAGACAAACGUACCUGUGUGUGUAUGCUCGGUGGGGUUUAAAAGUCAGCGCUGUGACCAGAAAGCGAACCCUUGUGAUCACUACUGUCAGAAUGAGGGGAUUUGCACUUUAACUGCGUUUAAUGAGCCGAGAUGCUUCAUUGAUUCUGCCCAGGAUCACGGUGCUCAGGAAGAUGCAUCCAGCAUCCCAGACCCGCCUCCAUUCUCCACAGGAAGCAUCGCCAUUAUUGUGCCUCUUGUCCUCUUGGUGACUUUGAUAACCACGUUAGUCAUUGGGUUAGUGCUCUGUAAAAGAAAAAGAAGGACAAAAACAAUUCGAAGACAACCGAUUAUCAAUGGAGGAAUAAAUUUAGAAAUCGGCAAUCCAUCAUAUAACAUGUAUGAGGUGGAUCAUGAUCAUAACGAUGGAGGACUUUUGGAUCCCAGUUUUAUAGUAGAUCCUACAAAGACUAGGUAUAGAGGGGGAGGGUCCUCUGCUUUCAAGCCACCCCACACGGCGCAGCCCAUCUACCUAAACUCUGAUCUGAAAGGACCACUAACUGCUGGGCCAGCAAAUUACUCCAAUCCAGUGUAUGCAAAAUUAUAUAUGGAUGGGCAAAACUGUCGAAACUCCUUAGGAAGUGUUGAUGAAAGGAAAGAAUUACUUCCAAAGAAAAUAGAAAUUGGAUUAAGAGAGACAGUGGCAUAAUCGGCAAAACUUUUAUAUGCUGUAUAAAUGUAUAAAAUAUAAGGAUUACUUUUGUAUGUUCCAACAGUAUUAUACUUGUGUUGGCAUCAGCAUUAUCUCUUUCUUUUUUCUCCCUCCCUUUUUGUCUCUACCCUGGUUAAUUGUUUUCUGGCUUCUAUUUUUUGCUGAUGACUCUUGAUUGACCAUUUGUAUGGUAUUUUUAUGAAAAAGAACUGCACUACAGUACAAUUUACAACAAUGCUGCUGAUAGGACACACCUUUGAAUUUGUUAAUAUUAAAAAUAAUGUAUUCCUUUGUAGUGUGAAUAUAAACAAUCUCUUUUAUAUGGACUUUAUGGGUUCUAUGUCACAAAGAGAUCUCGGCACUUUUUCAUGAUACAGUCUGGAAGCUGUCAUAUAACACUUAUUUUUCUGGUUAAAUGGAUGGAAGAAUAAAUGAUCAAUUCUCUUCUUUGUGCCCAGUAAAAUUGAUCCAGACUACUGAAAAUCGAUAGCCCUCACAAGUUCAGCAUUACCAGCUUUGAAUUUAGCCUUAGAUUACCAAACGAUAGACAAGAUUUUUGAGGAAAACCUUUUAAAACAUAUAAAACUAAUAAUUUGCAUGAACAGAAACUGCUGUUUUGCAAAACCUCAUAGACUCUACAUGGUAUACCAAAUAUAUAUGCCCUGUAAUCAAUAGUUACAUUUAGUGGUAGAAGAUAACAAAAAUAUCUCCCGAAGUGAAAAGACCAACACUUGUUGUGGGAUAAGACUUUUUACUCUCCUUCAACCCAGAGCCAGUAGCCCAGUCAAGAGCACAAAAGGGCAUUCAAUGGGUUCUCACAGCUUAGGUAGUCCCUCCUAGUCAGAUGCAAUUUGUGGAAGAUGAACUCAAACUUUUACCACACUGAAACUAAAGAGCGAUACAUAAGCACACAAAGUGAGGAGAAUUUCAAUCAUACAAAGUCAUUCUCUUGGUUAGGUCUAAGGGAAAAGGCAAACCGGCCAUUUUGGUGUAGAGUUGUUGGUGAAAUUUUCAAGAUACAAAAGGACGAAUCCGUUAUCUGGCCUCCCCUAGAUAUACGCCAAAAGAACCGUCUUACUGGGAUAGAACAUUCAGCAUGCCCACAAUCAGAGGUGGAGCGUAAAAUGUGACCACCAUCACCCUGGUACUCUGGUUCCCUUUGAUUACCCAAAACACGUGGACACCACUCACUUUUUCUUUCUUUUUCUUCAAAUUUUGAAAGAAAUACAAUUGAUUUAAGCUGUAUUAAAAAUAAGAAUAGCAUUUUUAUACAAAUAUCUUUAAAGGCACAAAAGAUGUAUUCACAGGUAUGGAGGGCUUUUUGUCCCUCCAAUAGACAUACAUGGCUGACUCUUAGCGGUCAAAAGGUAUUAACCUAACAGAUGAAAUAUGUUUGUGGUUGCUCUUUAUCCCUUUGUACAAGCAUUAAAAAGAAAAAAGAGAAAAAAUAUGUUGUUUUAUAAAGAGACUUUUUUUGGUUGUACUAUGUGCAUGCAUACUACCUAUUUCUAAACUUUGCCAUAUUGAGGCCUUUAUAAACUAUUGAUUUAUGUAAUCCUAGUGCAAUUUUGCUUGAACAAUGUUAUGCAUAUCAUAAACCUUUUCAGGUUCUUGUUUAAGUACAUUUUUUAAAUUGAACAGUAUUUUUCAUUUUGGUUAUAAUAGUCAUUUUGCCUAUGUUUCUACAAUGAAGUGUUAAAUACUUUAUAAAAAAUUGUUGACUGACUUAUUUAAAUGAAAUUCUACAUAUUUAA